AUGCACCACCGGGUCUCCAUCCUGGGCUUGCUCGUGCCGGCCCUCAUCCACCUCACAUCCGGUCUCGAAAAUCACUCUCACUCUCACUCUCCCGGCCCUUCCCAAUUCUACGCCAAUGACACCAUCCCCUUCUCAACAAGGGCAUUCUGGAUGCGCCGUGCCAACGAAGCAUUGAGCGAACUCGAUUCACCGUGUCCAUUCGCUGCAUUCGGCACGGUGAUCGUGAACCACACCGAUUUGAGCGAGGGGCCGCAUGGGAAGGCUAUCUGUUACGGGGUUAACGCGAACAGAAAGACGGGGAAUCCGACGCUACAUGGGGAAGUGGCUGGUAUCAACAAUUGCUCGACCAUAUUGACGGAUCCAGAGGGCGAGUAUAGGCUGACUGGGGCGGAGGCAUUGCUUGCCUUUGCGACGUUGAGUCUCUAUACUAAUGCGGAGCCUUGUCCCAUGUGUGCCUCGGCCAUCCGCUGGUCUGGCUUCUCGGAAUGCAUCUUCGGCACUAGUAUUGCAACUUUGAUCGCCAAGGGAUGGCGUCAGAUUGAAAUUGCGGCUGAAGAGGUAUUCGAUCGAUCAGAGGAUCUGCCGCGUAGCACCAAGUUGUACCAAGAGGUGUUGACGAACGAGACGGAUCCGUAUUUCUUCUGGCAGUAUGACAAGACCUACCCUUGCCCGAAGGGGUGUGAGAGGACGAGUAGUGGUAGUAGUUGUGCUGUAGUGGCCGAGAAGCAUGGGGAUCUGUGA